CCGUGGUGAUGGCGGCUUCCUGGCGGAGCAACGUGACUGUUGAUGGCUGAAGAAGGAAAGUAGUGUGGAGUUCGGGGCAUUUUUGUUUUCCCAAGAGGCUGAUAUACUUGAAACAUAAUACCUUUCUGCCUGAGGAAACAGUAUUUAAAGGAGUAAUGGCUAACUACAAACCUGUCAUAGUACAGAGUUAUCCAAAACUUGGUGAAAAAGUAACAGAGGAUACUUUAUACUGGAAGAAUUACAAGGCUCCCAUUCAAAUAAAGGAGUUUGGUGCAGUGAAUAAAAUUGACUUUUCUCCGGUCCAGCCAUACAAUUAUGCUGUAACAGCCUCCUCUAGGAUUCACAUCUAUGGCCGAUACUCACAGGAGCCAAUCAAAACGUUCUCUCGGUUUAAAGAUGUUGCAUACUGUGCUACGUAUAGAGAUGAUGGGAAGCUGUUGGUAGCUGGCAGUGAAGAGGGCAGCAUUCGACUCUUUGACAUUGGUGGGAGAGCAGCACUGAGACAGUUCGAGGGCCAUACCAAAGCAGUACAUGUUGCCAGCUUUCUGUCUGACAAAUACCGAAUAGUAUCUGGAGCAGAUGAUUAUACCUCCAAAGUGUGGGAUGUUUCUUCCGCCUCAGAAAUCAUUGCGUAUAGAGAGCACACAGACUAUGUGAGAUGUGGCUGCGCUAGUAAACUGAACGCAGAUCUCUUUGUAACAGGCUCAUAUGACCAUACUGUGAAAGUAUUUGAUACCCGGACAGAAAAAAGCGUCAUGACAAUAGAACAUGGGCACCCAGUGGAAAGUCUUAACCUUUUUCCUUCUGGAGGUCUUCUUGUGACUGCAGGUGGUCGGUAUGUUAAAGUAUGGGAUGUCCUUAAAGGAGGGCAGUUACUCGUCUCCUUGAGAAAUCACCAUAAAACUGUAACCUGUUUGUGCCUGACGAGCUCUGGUCAGAGGCUGCUUUCUGGCUCGCUAGAUAGGCACGUGAAGGUGUACAGUACAACAUCCUACAAAGUGGUUCACAGCUUUCACUAUGAAGCCUCCAUUCUCAGUCUUGCAUUAGCACCAAAUGAUGAAACCCUAGUUGUUGGCAUGACAAAUGGAAUACUGAAUAUCAAACAUCGAAAACAUGAAGAAAAGCAGCGUUCUGGAAGGAGGAGGAGGCCCACAUAUCGAACAUUUGUGAAAGGAAGAAACUACAUGCCAAAGCAGGAGGAUAUCCUUGUCACAAAGCCUGUAAAAACUUACUUGAAAAAAUACGACCAACUUUUGAGAAGUUUCCAGGUUUCCAAGGCCCUGGAUGCUGUCCUUCAGGGCCCUGUGCGAUCGAACUCGCCUGAAGUUGCAGUUGCUGUCAUACAGGAACUGAAUCGCAGAGGCACAUUGAAAAACGCACUUGCGGGACGAGAUGAGAAGCAACUCACUGUCCUCCUUAAUUUCUUGAUAAGGCAUGUGACUGAUGCAAGAUUUGCUCCUGUGCUAAUAAAUGUUGCGGAAAUGAUUAUAGAUAUCUACAUGCCUGUGGUUGGACAAUCUGCUGUUGUUGAUAAGCAGUUUCUAAAACUUCAGAAUGUUGUAGAAAAGGAGAUCGAUUACCAGGAGGAACUGCUAGAAGUCUUGGGAAUGAUGGAUGCACUCUUUGCUACUAUGGCAAGAAAAAAGCCUAUUCCCCUGGAGGAGAACAAACUGGAUGGUCUAUAGACUGAGUCCUUGCACAAGGAUGACAUUGGGUGAUUUCACUAGUGAAUGUAUUGCAUUUGACUCUCAUUUUCACCAGUGACACUCCUCAAAAACCUGCCGUACACCAGGAAAGAAGUUGAAGGGUGCCUACUACUGGUGAUUGUACAGAGAGAAAGAAAAGACCCCUGUGGAAAUAUUUUUAACGUUUCUUGUUCAAAAGCUAUUUAAAAUAUUUCAUGCCAGUGUUUUAUAAAGUUUAUUUAUAUAAACACGUAAAAAUGCCCUUAUGAACACAUUGUAGCUACAUUUGAUUUUUUUCAGAUUUCCUGAGAAGGUUCUGUUAAAUCCCUAGUUUUUGAACUAGGAAUAAAUGAGGCACAAAUGUGACAAUAGUAUGCAAUGUUGUUUUCUAUUUUAAUUCUCUUGCACAAAAUCACCAGAAUCCUUGCAGUGUGUAUCUUUGUUCAUUCAAGAUCCAGCUUUCAUAGUUAAUACUAUCUGUAAAUAAGAGAGGCUUAAUGUGGAAUAUAUUUCCCUUUGAAAAUAACUGUAAAUCCCAAGGAUAAAGAUCUAACAUCAA